AUGGCUACCAAAGGAACUGAAGUCAAAAGCAACCCUUCAAAUUUGCUAAGCUUUUCUGGGCCUGCUGCCAGUGAACGCAUGCUGUCGCUACAGAUGCCAAACCAAUACCUGCUGUGGGAAGGCAAGCAGCCAAAGCGUGCAACAAAGCAACAGAAUCACUUCCUGCACUUAAUGAUUCGACAACUGCCCCAUUCUCUCCCUGCCCGGCUCCUUCAGCACCCGAUACCCGGCGGUGGAAAGGGCCGAGGGGGCUGUCAGUCCCACCUGCCCCGCGGCAGAGGAGGUGGGGACCCCAGCCAGGCACACCCCGCUCGGCCUCCCUCCGUGCCCGGGAAAUUCCCCAACAGCUGCCGGAGGGGGAUAAAAGCACCGGCGGACAACGGGGCCACACAGACGGCUACCGCAGCCCCAGCCAUGAGUCCGCACCUCCGCCUCCUCCUCUGCCUCCUCCUCCUCUUGGCCGCCGCUCCCUGCCGGGGUGCGCCGCUGGCCGGGGAGCUGCGCUGCCGCUGCGUGCGGACCGUGUCGGAGGUGAUCCCCCCGCGGCGCCUGGCACGCGUGGAGUUCGUCGCCGAGGGUCCGCACUGCGCCGUGCCCGAGGUCAUAGCCACGACGAAGCAGGGCCAGACGGUCUGCCUGAGCCCCUCCGCGCCCUGGGUCAAGCUCAUCGUCACCAGGAUCCUCAACAGCUCGGCACAGAAAAACUGA